CAGACGGAGGGACGGACAAACCUCAAGCAAAAGCACAUUUUUUUAUUCUAAAAAUAAGUUAUGUUUGAGCUAAUUUAACAUGUUGCCAAGUGUCUCGUUUGAAACUUUAUACGAUGAUCGCGAAAGCAUUUGCGAGCGGUUCAAGCUAUUGGUCGAGAAAGCAGUUGCCUUUCGCAACUACUAUCUACACCCUACACAUAACUUUCGCAUGGAAACUAUCAGUUUUAAAAAAAUGCUCCCCUGACCUUUGCUCUGAUCGAAUAGUUACUAGAUUAAUAUAUGUGGAGGAGGUAACCAGCGUCGACAUCUGUGAAUAUGUUGUUUUCACAACAACCGAUUAGUAUUAAUUAGUAGAUUACUAGUUCAUCAGCAAUUGAUGUGUGGACAUAAAGCGACAGCAUUUUAGAGCACAAUCUCCAUUACUUAAGCGAAGUUACUACGAGUAAAAUUCUUCAGCACCCAAGAGCCUCGUCAUGAACAAUCCUGAAUUAUACGAUACAACUGGAAAGGUUUUAGACGCUCAAAUGGAAUCUAUUCUUAAAAGUUACAUACGCCAAUUGCCUAGGAAUGGAGAUCAAAAGGUUGUCUUAGACGUAGGCUGUGGGCCAGGUCGCUUGUCUUUCAAUUACCUUUACAAACCGCUAAGUGCCGAAAUUAAAGAAAUGAUUGGAGUCGAUCAGUCUGAGGAUAUGGUAACGUACGCUAAUAGACACUACGGAAACGAUAACCUCAAGUUUGUGAAAUUGAACAUUGAAACCGAUUGUAUACCCGAACAUUAUUUGGGGCGAUUUGAUUAUGUAUUUUCUGUUGGGGCUCUGCAUUUUCUUCGCGAUUACACAUGUGGGUUUACUAACAUAUCUAACAUGAUGAAACCAGGUGGAUAUGCUUUGCUGGUCUUUCCAGAGAGCGGUCAGAUGUACGACAUUUACAAAACAGUAUGGACAAAGCCCACGUGGAGCAAGUUUAUCCGCGAAGAGAAACUAAUGAAUAUGCCAUUUAAUAAUUGCAAGAACCCAGAAAAUAAAUUGCGUGAUAUUUCGAGAACAGCUGGAUUCGAAUCACUACGUCGUGAAAUACGCGAUAUUAUUUCGCUUCGUGUAUUCCGGUGCUUAGAGACGUUCCAAAACGCUUGCAAGAACAGUUCAUUAACGACCACAUAAAAGAGUGUACACCACGUGAGAAUUUAUUAAAUAACAAUAUGGUGUAUCGUCUCGAUUAUAAGU